UAUACACCGAUCUGCGGAUGUGGCAGCAGCAUAAACAAAAUCGCACAUGCUCCGCACGUGACAACAUGACCCAUCUCGAAGAGCGAUUCCGCGGUGGAGUGCAAACCAGUGCAUCGACCCGAGAGCCGCUUUGAUGGUGGAGCACGACAAGCCCUCGCCGCCGGCGAACCACCACCAGCAGCCCACCGCCCCUUCUCCGGCCGCAGAUGAGGCGGCUUCAGCGUACUAUAAGGCACCAAAGUACCCAAACCCGCCGGACGUGGAGAACCCCGACCCGGCGACGUUGAGGGAGCAGUGGCGCUACGCGACACGGCAGUAUAGCCGGUGGUAUGGACGUACCUGGGGCACGGCCAUCCUCGCCGGCGCCGCCUUCUUCGCCCUCGGAUGGUUCAUCAAGGGCGAUAACCCCCUUCCCUCUCGAUCCCACCCGGACGACCACCGGCCCGAGCAACAAGCUGCCGAUCGGUGAUGAAGAUCCCUGGGGUUGAAAGGGGAGAUCUUGAGAUGGAGUCAUAGCCACAAGUUGAGUUGUAUCUUGAAAGAGGAGGUCUUGAGAUGGAGUCACAGGCACAAGUUGAGUUGUUUCUUGAAUUGAAAGAGGAGGUCUUGAGAUGGAGUCAUAGCCACAAGUUGAGUUGUUUCUUGAAAGGGGAGAUCUUGAGAUUGAGUCAUAGCCACAAGUUGAGUUGUUUCUUGAAAGGGGAGAUCUUGAGACGGAGUCAUAGGCACAAGUUGAGUUGUUUCUUGAAAGGGGAGAUCUUGAGAUGGAGUCAUAGCCACAAGUUGAGUUGUUUCUUGAAAGGGAGGUCUUGAGAUGGAGUUAUAGGCACAAGUUGAGUUGUUUCUAAGUUUGAAUUGUUGUGAAUCAUGAGAUUGGUCUAUUCAAUAUUUAGUAAUGUAGUCUUGAUGUUGAAGUUCAGUGAUUAUGUUGUCACAUUCAGUCUAGGUCCGCCAAAAAAUAUGUUUUGGGAAAAAAAAAUCACUUUUCCAUUUGAAAUUGUUUUUCGUUAAUUCCAAAAUCAUCAUCUGCAA